AUGGCUACAGUCAAACUCGCUACCCUUGUGAUCCGAACACUUGCGAAGCCCAUCUCUUCGCAACUGAAGAACCAAGCGAAGCAGCAUGAAACCUUCCGUUCAAUAUGUAUUUCCCUUGCUCAGAAGAUGCAUUCGGCUGAAAUUCAGCUGAGAACGAAUAUCCUCGGUGAACCAGCCAGGCUACACGUCAAGCCGUUAGCAGAAACGAGAGCAAUAGAAAACGGUGCCAACGCAUUAGCAGAAGGCUUCUUAUUUUCAGUAGCCGCACUAUUGAUAAUAGGCGAAACAUGGCGGUCGUCUCGGAGUCAGUCCAAACAGAGAGAUGACGUCAAUGAACGAAUUGAGGAGCUCUCUGCGAAUGUCGCAUCACUCACAGAGCGUCUGGAGAGAAUCCAAGAAAGUUUGGGGGAUGUCGAGUCAGAACGGGCACGGAACAAUGAACUGGCGAGAAUUGUUGAGCGGGUGGUGGAGAUUGGGCUGAGAGGUGGAUGGGCAGAGUUUGAAGAUACGCCAAUGAAGCUCCCCAGGGUAGAGCUUGCGCCGACCUCGUCGAGGGUACUACCCUGA